AUGGAGCUACUAAGGCAGCGAGGUUUAGCAGUUGAUGAAGACCCCCAUUUGCGAACCCAAUUCAUCUUGUCUUCGACGUCCUUCUCUCCGGCAUUGUUCCUUUCGCAAACACGCUCAGCAGCUUCAGCACAGUCGUUGCUACAGGGACUGAAUUACCUCACCGAAUCCAUUGAUCGAGAAUCCGCUUCACUCAAAAUGUUAGUGGAGUCAAACUUUGAGAAGUUUGUCAGGGUCAAGGCUACAAUUGACGACGUUUACGAAGAGAUGCGAGAUGAAGGGAUGUCGAAUGACGGUGGUUUACAACGUUCUCUCUCCCAGAGUACUAGGCAAGCGGGCGCCAUUGUUACAAGUGGUCGGAAGAACGCCCUUACGGAAGCAAAUGAAUACGGUUUUAAGGGAAUAAAUGCACCAUUAGCUGAAGCUUCAAACAUGGCAGAAGAACUAUGGGGAGAGGCUUUAAGUGGCCGACAACGAGAGGAAGACCUGAAGUCUGUCCUGGAAGCUGUCGAGAAACAACGAGCAAUAUAUGAGAUUGGCGCGGAUCUACAGAGGUCCAUUAAGCAGCGCGAUCACGAUGCAAUUGUUGAGCAAUUCACGCUCGCUCGAACAUAUGUAAACGACGCGAGACUUCUCGUCGAUCGCGCUGCUUCAUCGCAAAAGCCAUUAACCGAGGACCAAGUGCAUACCGUCCUUGUGACUGGUAGAAUGUGGAUGGACGUUGACCGACAGUUACAAUCAUUCAAGAUAGAUUUAUGGCGUCGCCUGAGUAAUACCCAGUCAACGAAAGCGACCAUUCCCCCCAGCGGACGGGAUGAGGAAUAUAUGGAUCUCAUAACGAUCCUUUUGGAGCUUGGGGUUGAAGACAACCCUGUUUGGGUUUGGCUCCUCAGUCGUUACGAUUACCUAAAAACAAGAAUUACCUCUUUUUGUGAGCGCGGGAAAGCUGAAAUUGAGGUUUUAAGACGUCUUCUAGCAAGCAAAGAGAAGCCUAGCCCUCAAAGCGUUGCCACAUAUUUGCGUCUCCCGGUCCGAGAAGCAGCAAGAAAGCAUUUGGGGCCUCUUGAUACUGAGCCGGUCUUGGAGUUCUGGGAAUGUAUCAACACCUUUCUCGAAAAAUUGAUAUCCAUACAAAGUGGUCUUCUUGGUGAUAUCAUAGAGUUCUGGGACACGGCGCAAUCAUUCAUCAACGGGAACAAACAGAAAAUUUUACCGGCAGGCUUUGAAGGGGAGAGUCGAAAGCAUCACCGUCUGUCCGCAGAGAAUAUAAAAGGUUUAAAUGAUGGUGUCGUUGAGCUUGUAAAUCGCAUACAAGCUAAUCUAGUAUGCCUCUUCGCUGAUCCACCCCCAGAUGAUUUAACAUACCUUUCCGCUCCGCCAUCAUGUACGCCUAUGGGAAGCUUAACACCUACUGGAUCCAGCUUCAACCUUGACCCUAAGAGCAUUCCGCCACUCCCAGCUAAAAUCGGGGAAGCAUGGGAAGAAUUUGCAUUUUGGCCUCCUUAUGCCAAUUCGCUUAGUGGAGUCCACUACCUUGGACAGUUUCUAAUCCUCAUUGGGACGGCAGCGAGCGAAAUGGCCGAUCUCGGGCCCAUAUCAGGCGGAAGCGCAACAUAUGACCAGCUAAAACUCCUCGUUAGCGGUGCUCGAGAAAGAUGCGUUCGUGCCACGUGCGCAGCCUGGAAUGGCGAUGCUGAGCACUGUAAAUAUCUUGAGGAUUGGACACGAGAUCCGGAGCGGAAAGCCUUGACCAAAAUGCCGGGCCAUUUCGUUGCAUUCGAGAACGCCAUCCUUUCUGGAAUGCAAAAAAUACUCUACAUCUCUGAAGCAAUGACCAAACCUGGAUCUAUAAACGUUGUCACCCCUCCCCCGACGAAACUUCUGCAGAUGGUGCGGUCACAGUUUGUAACGAGUGUAUAUAAAGCGUUAAGUGGGCUCGUCGAAAAUGCCGAGCGACCGGUCAAUAUGGAAGGCGACGACGAGUGGGUUCUUGUUGGGCCUUCUGCUCUAGGGUCGAGUUUGGAUGUUCCCUCAUCUGUAUCUGUUUACGGUGGAAUUGAUUCCAAAAAUAGGAACGUACGCAUACUUUUGACAUUAUCCAAUCUCAAGGCACUCCGUACCGAUCAUGUGCCUCAAUUGGUGACUAGCUUUGAGAGUGCCUUUGCAGUCAAGUUAACAGACGAAUCGAAAACGAUCCAAGACGUGCUCGGACAGAUCGACACCCGCUUAUUCCAGUCAUAUACUCGCCCCAUCGUUGAAACAUUACAUACCACGAUUAUGAAUGGUAUCUCGUCACCAGAUUGGGUACCAUCGACGAGCCGCCCAGAUCAACUCCGUCCAUACGUAUAUACCGCCAUGCUAACCCUCGUGAUGGUGCACACAGAAGUUUCCACCACUUUGCCUGGCGUUGUCUCUUCAGCCAUGUCACCCGCUUCCCCUACACAUCCCCUAACACACAAGAUUCUUGCUGAGCUACUUACACGAAUCUCUAAAUCCCUUCUGGAGGGCUUUAUGUCGCGACCCAAAUACUCUCUUCCCGCAUUAAUGCAAGCAACUCUCGACACUGAAUUCAUCGCCCAAACAAUGUCGCAGUAUGCAACUGAAGCGGCAGGCCAGAUUCAAAGUCAGAUAUACCUCGAGCUGGACCGAAGAACUAAUAAUGAAGCCAGGGCGAAACUCCAGGCCGAGCUUGGAGAAAUGCGAGGUGUUUUGAAGAGGUUAAGAGAACGCACGCGGGGAGAAUUUGCUUGUUUCAAGAAGAUGAGGGCUGUAAGCAACAAGUAA